AUGCCAAAGAGAAAAAGAGCUAUCAAUAAUAGACAACGGCGUGAGAGAGACAGAGAUCGUAAGAGGCAGGAGAGACAGAAGUCUGAACCUGAAGAAGCAUCAGAAGACAAAGUGUCAGAGUUCUCUGUCCUUGGCAGGUCAGAGGAUGGAGCUGUCUUAGCUCCUCCCGGUAAUUUUCCGGGGCUUGGUUCCAUGGGGUUGCCACCUAAAGAGGAAAAACCCCUGGCCAGGGUGCAGGCCUCACCUAGAGUGAGAAUGCAUUCACCUGCCCCGAGGUUGCCACCUCCUCGGGGAAGUCGUCUGUUUGUCCGCAACGAGGACAAGGCACCGUCCCCUGACUCCCCACCGUGGGUUUGUGCUCCACCGAGGGCACCUGGAUCGGACAUUGGGCAUAUGUCUGGUCCAGCAGGUCAGGCGCAGCUGGAUACCUCCAGGGAGGAGGAGACCAGUAGAAUAUCAAAAGAUGAGGGCACUUUAACUGAUUUUAAAACUGAGUCUGAACGAAUAUUGAAAGGAAAUUUGAACGAAUACAAUAUAGAAUCUGAAAUGAAAACAAGUAGAAAUGAGAAUGAGAACAAUGAGAAACAUACAAUUUCAGAGACUUGUGAUAAAGAGAAUUUGAAUGAAGGAAAUGAGUCUGAACGAAUAUUGAAAGGAAAUUUGAAUGAAUAUAAUAUAGAAUCUGAAAUGAAAACAAAUAGAAAUGAGAACAAUGAGAUAUAUACAAUUUCAGAGACUUGUGAUAAAGAGAAUUUGAAUGAAGGAAAUGAUCCGUGUUGGCAGAAAUCAUGGAAGAGAGGUAACUAUGACAUAAAUUACUCAAUCCAGGGUUCAUUUCAUCAGGCUCACCCUAUAUUUGAAGACAAUGCUGGGACACAAUGUGUUGCUAAUUGUUUAGCAGGAUUAGCUUUUCACAAACUUAAAAAUGCUAAGAACUGGACAACAAUGGAUAUGGAUAGGAUUCUAAUGACAGGUGAUGAAUUGUAUACAUAUCUGCAACGGAGCUCAUCAAUCACUGAUAGGUAUUUACUUGUUGAGGAAUUACCACAACUCUUUGAAUGCUUUAAUCGGUCAUACCAAUUCCAUGCAAAUGAGUCAGUUGCAAGUGUUAUUAUGGCCAAUGAUUGCUUAAACUAUGCAGAGUUUAAUGCAUUACCACUAUACACAGCACUACAGGUUGCACUUACAGACACUGAUGGCUGUUUUGUAUGCUUUGGUGGAAACACUAUGCUAAUAGGAUCAACAGAAAGUGGAUUCUUUGCAUUUGAUUCCCAUUCUAGAUCUUCUGAUGGAAUGUUAAGUGUGACCGGAAAGAGUACAAGGAUUUUAUUUCAAAAUGUAAAUGAGGUGUAUUCAUAUCUUCAAGGUCUUGCUUUUUCAAUGGGAUAUUCAGAGGGUGUUGAGUGUAAUCUGAGUGGUGUAACCUGCAAAAUGAAUUAUAUUGCAAGUGUCAGUGCUUUGCUUGAGGAGGAGGAGGACGAUACAAGUAAAUUGCCUAAAAGUUCAGAGCUAUUGGUGGAAACUACUGUUGAAUCCUGUGAUAGGAAUGUUGAUGUGAUCUUUGUUGGUCAUGAACAAUUACAGUAUAGUUUUAUCCCUCUGACUAAUGAUAUGAAAAAACAGAUUUGUCACGAGUUGAACAUUCCCUUCAUUUGCAGAAGAAAUGCUUGUGAGGUCCAGUGCUAUAAGACUAAUAUCACAGAACCUAGGUUUGAGAAAGAAAUUAUAGGGGAUGGAAACUGCUUUUUUAGGGCUGUUUCAUUCAGUCUUACAAACUCGGAGGAUUUCCACAACAUAGUGCGUAAAGCUGUCUGUGAACAUAUGAUGGGAAACAAAGAAUUAUUUAAACCAUUCCUAAAAGAUGGUGUACAAUCUGUUGAAAGUCACAUGUCCUCUACUCAAAUGUCACAAGAAAGUACAUGGGCUACUGAGGUGGAAAUAUUUGCCACAGCUCAUAUGCUGAACACUGAUUUAUAUACAUACUCAGGAGGGUGUUGGUUAAGAUUUUUAGUUGCUGAGGUGGAUCCUUGUAGGCAAAGUAGAACUGGUGCAAUUUAUCUGAAUCACCACCAACAGAACCAUUACAAUGUAGUUCUCUCUGUAAAUGGAGAAGAAAUGGACUUGCAAUCAAUGGAACAGGAUAAAAUUCCUCAGGAAUAUCAAAAGCGAUUCCGAAACCGAACACGUAUGCAAGAGAGCAGGCAAGUUACAUCAAAAGUACAAAAAAUAUUAAGUGCAUCAGAGAAACGGAGACAGUCCUUGAGGAAAAGGUACCAGGAAGAUGUACAAUUUAGAGAGAAGAAACUGAAAUUGGCCUAUCAAAGGUACUUGAAUGAUGAGGAAUUCCAAGCUAAUGUAAAACUUGUUAGCAAAACAAAGUAUUGUAAUGAUUCUGACUACCACAGUAAAACUAAAGUGAGGAGCAAAAAGAGAAGUUUUGAAAGGUAUUUAUCAAAUGAUGACCAUAGGGAAGAGGUCAAACAGAGAAGUAUUGACAAGUAUGCAAAAAAUGAUUAUCAUAAGGAAGAUGUGAAAAAGAGAAGUAUUGAGAAAUAUGCACUAGAUAAAGAGCAUAGAGAUGGUGUCAAGAAGAAAAGUAUCGAGAAAUAUGCAGUAGAUAAAGAGCAUAGAGAUGGUGUCAAGAAGAAAAGUAUCGAGAAAUAUGCAGUAGAUAAAGAGCAUAGAGAUGGUGUCAAGAAGAAAAGUAUCGAGAAAUAUUCACUAAAUAAAGAGCAUAGAGAUGGUGUCAAAAAGAGGAGUAUUGAGAGGUAUGCAAUAAAUGAGGAACAUAGGGAAGAAAUUAAAAAAAGAAGUAUUGAGAGAUACGCAACAGAUGAGCAGCAUAGAGAGGAAGCAAGAAUGAGAAGUAUUCAGAAAUAUAAAAGUAAUGCUGAACACAGAGAAGACGUAAAGGCAAAAAGCAGGCAGAAGUACAAAUCAGAUGAAAUGUACAGAAAUCUUGUAAAUACUGCAAGUAUAAAGAGAUACAAAGAAAAUGAAAACUUCCGAGAAAGAAAACUUCAUGUUGCAGCUGAGAAAUAUAAAAGUGAUGAAUGUUUCAGAUCGAAACGAAAAGCUUUCAGUAAAAAACAAUACGAUUCCAGUGUGCUAACGAAAAUGCAAAAAAAAGCAAGGGUUAAAAGUCGGAGAAUUGCUCAUCAAGCUAGACUUGAAAAUCAGGAAGAGAUUGUGAGAGUGUUUAAAGGAAAAGCUAUGCAGGGUAUAGAUUAUUCAUGCUGCUGCUGUGAUCGUCUCUUUUUUCAAAAUCAAGUUCAAAGAUGUGAACAAAAAACAUAUUCAAAGAAUGAGGAAGCAGCAAAUAUUGCAGACUUGUGCAUUCAGGAAAAGUAUUGUCAUCAGUGCUCAGAGUCAUGUACGGAGAACUGCGUUAAGUCCAAAUUAUGGAUUUGUUUCACUUGCCACAGGAAGAUCAUGAGGGGUUCUCUUCCAGCAGAAGCAGCAUUUAACAAAAUGGCCCUUGAAGAUAUUCCAAAGGAAUUGAAAGACCUAAAUAGCCUUGAGAAACACUUAAUUGCAAUACAUAUACCGUUUAUGAAAGUCAUGGCUCUUCCUCAUGGUGGUCAGAAAAAUAUUCAUGGGCCAGUUGUAUGUGUACCAUCAGAUCUGAUGAAAGUUACAAGUUUGCCAAUGAAACCUGGAGAAGAUCUGCUGCUUAGAGUGAAACUGAAGAGAAAGUUGAAUUAUAAGGGGUACAUCGAAUACCAGUUUGUUGAUCCAAAGCACAUAUUCAAUGCAUUAAAUUUUUUGAAACGAAAGAAUCAGUGGUAUGAAGAUGUAGCUAUAGAUACAAACUGGAAAGGAAAUUGUAACGAUUUUCAGGAAAUGUCAGAGAGUGAUAGUCUAUUAGAUGAUGAUGAUGAUCGGCAGUACAUUGCAACAGAUACUUGUUUACAGCCUGUUGAUAUUGGUCAGGAAGUUCUUGAUCAUUACUUUGAUGAUAUUUAUGAUAUUUCUCCAGGAGAAGGAAAUAAUCCAGUAAGGAUGUUACAGGAAGAAGGAAAUGAAGCUAAAACAUUUCCAUUCUUGUUUCCAAGUGGACGUUUUUCAUGGAAUGACAAUAGAGAAAUACGAAUAACACUGUCGAGAUACUUCAACAACCGUCUGAUGAAUACUGACGGAAGAUUUGCUAAAGACAGUAGUUAUAUAUUUUUCAGUCAGUUUUUGUCUGAUUUAAACCAGGUUAUAGAAAAGACACAGAUAUCAAUUAGAAAAUCAGUCAGGAGAUUAGGCAGUGACCAGUUUGUGACAUCAGAUAUGGUACAAAAUCCUGAAGUACUUUCGAAGUUGAUGAAAAAUGAUGAAGCUUUGCGAUUCAUGCAGCCCAUACGUGGAACGCCAGCAUAUUGGUCAGCAGCGCAAAAGGAUCUUUUUGCUAUGCUUCGGCAGUUAGGAAUACCAACUUGGUUUUGCUCAUUUUCUGCUGCGGAGCAUAGAUGGAAUGAUGCCGUUGCUACAAUAUUGAGACAACAAUGCGAUAGCAGAGAUCCUUCUUUGAUGGAUUGGUCCGAAAAGAAUGAGGUGCUGAGAAGUAAUCCUGUAACAGUUGCUAGGAUGUUCGAACACAGAUUUCAUCUUUUCCAGACAGAAGUGAUAUUUUCACCAUUGGAACCAAUUGGAAAAGUAUCAGAUUUUUUCCAAAGAGUCGAAUUCCAGCAGAGAGGGUCUCCUCACAUGCACUGUUUAUAUUGGAUAGAAAAUGCUCCAAAACUUGACGAAGACGGAGAGGAAGCCGUAUGCAAUUUCAUUGACAAAUAUGUUAGUUGUGCAGUGCCUUCUCAGAAUGAAGAUUUGGAACUGAGGGAUAUUGUCUUGGCAGUACAGCAACACAGCAGAAAGCACUCGAAAUCAUGCAGAAAGAAGGGCACAGAAUGUAGAUUUAACUUUCCUAGACCACCUUCUGUAUGUACAUUCAUAAAUUCUCCUGUCGAGCAAGAGAGCUUGGAGAAUGCUGCAGAAGCUACUGAUUUAAAACAUGAACGCUCAAUUUCUAGAGAAAUAUUACUGAGAGUUUGGAAUGAGGUGCAAGAUGAAGCAAAUGAAACACACACUACAGAAGAAAUUUUUGAGCAUCUGGGUUUGACACAAGAGCAGUAUGAGGAUGCACACAAAAGAUUAGCAAAGAAGAGAACAGUUAUUCUAGAAAGAAAUCCAUGCGAGCUCUGGAUCAAUCAGUAUAAUCCAUGUCUUUUGAAAUGCUGGGAUGCCAAUAUGGAUAUUCAAUUUGUUUUGGAUCCAUUUAGCUGCAUUGUCUACAUAAUUUCAUACAUUUCGAAGUCUGAGAGGGAAAUGGGAAUGGUGUUGAAACAAACCAAAAUAGAGGCAGAAGAAGGAAAUGAAAGUGCACGAACAACUUUAAAGAAAAUUGGUUCUGCCUACUUAAAUCACAGGGAAGUGAGCGCACAGGAAGCUGUAUAUCGUGUAUGCAACUUGAAGAUGAAAGAAUGUUCGAGAAAAGUAGUGUUUGUACCUGUUGGGGAAAAUCCUACUCGACUGACGAAACCAUUGUCACAGCUGAAAAGAAAACAUAGUCUGGGGGACGAUGAACAUGAUGAGAAUGACGACGAUGAAGAGGACAUUUGGAUGACAAAUAUAGUGGAAAGGUAUGCAAAUCGACCAAAUAAACCUUUGUUUCAGAAUAUGUGUUUGGCAGAGUUUUGCUCAGAAUUCAGAGUACUUGCUAAAUCACAGGUUCCAAAGAGUUUAAACGAAAAUGUUUUUGAACUCCAAAAUAAUAAAGGUUUCAUCCAAAGAAGAACACGCACAAAGCCAGCUGUAAUAAGAUAUCCCAGAUUCAGUGCAGAAAAAAUGUCAGAAAAGUAUUACCAAAGCCUGCUUCAAUUGUUCUUGCCGUACUGGACAGAGCCUCAAUUAAAGCCUCCAGGAUUUGAUCUUUAUGAAACAUUUUAUGAAAAUGGACAUGUGCGAAUCACAGGAAAGAAGAGUGUGCAAUCAGUGAAAUCAAUUGUUGAUACAAAUCGAUUGCGUUAUGCUGAAAAUGAAGAACUAAUUGAAGAGGCACAGGAUACUUUCGAAAACAUCGGAGAACCCGAGGAUGCAUGGGCAAACCUUUGUCCUGAGACAGAACUAAUGAGAGAGGAAUGUUCUUAUGAGAGAAAUAAAGGUUUGGAUCUGGAUGUGACAGAAGACUUGCCAGACAUGCAAACAGAAAUAAAUUGUGAUGUUCUUUUCAAAGUAGAACAGAAUAUACAGUCAAAGGAGGAGACAAUACAAAUCCUACAAAAUUUAAACGAGACUCAAACAAAGGUAUUUUACUUAGUUCGGGAAUGGUGUUUGGCAAAACAUUUUGGAGAAAAAACUGACGCCCUGCACAUAUUUAUAACUGGUGGAGCAGGAACAGGCAAAAGCCAUCUAAUCAAAGCCAUACAUUAUGAGGCAUCACGAAUACUUGGAAAGAAUUUGACAUCUCCUGACAGUGUAUCAGUACUACUUGCUGCUUUUACUGGAACAGCUGCUUUCAAUAUUGGGGGAAAUACUAUCCAUCAUUUAUUUUCACUGCCCAAAUAUAUGUCUUUGCCAUAUGAACCAUUGAGGGAACAGAGUCUAAGUGAAAUGAGAGUGCAUCUUGGAGACCUGCAAAUUCUGGUUAUUGAUGAAAUUUCAAUGGUUUACAAAAGAUUAUUGUACUAUGUUCAUGAAAGACUUGUACAGAUUAAGAAAUGCAGGGAACCAUUUGGAGGAGUUUCUGUGAUAGCUGUUGGCGAUUUCUACCAACUUCCUCCAGUAAAACAGCGUAAAGAUGAAAGGCUGUAUAAAGAAAAUGCUGCUUACCCUGUUGAUCAUUGGCUUGACCUUUUCAAAGUGGUGGAGUUAUCUGAAAUUAUGCGGCAACGUGAAGACAUCCCAUUUGCAACAGCAUUGAAUUCACUUCGAAGUAGAGAAAUAAAAGAACCACUGGAAUAUGAAACAGAUUCUAUCUUGAAGGAAUGUGAAAGGGAAGGGCCACAUGAUGUACUUCACGUCUACGCAACAAAUGACGAAGUAAAUGCUUACAACUUGACAAUGCUCAGGGGAACCUGUGAAGACAUUGUUGAGAUUGACGCGCAAGACUUUACCAAAGAUAGAUCAUCAGGCAAGCUUAUCUUAAGAAGCAAGCCAUUGACACGGUCGAGGACAGACAAUCUUUCUAGCAGUUUGUUAAUGGGAGUUGGAGCAAGAGUCAUGCUUACAAGAAACUGCAAUGUAGAAGACGGACUGGUAAAUGGAGUUAUGGGGCAUAUAACGCAUUUUGUAUAUGGUCAAAUACAUGGCGUAAACAAUGUUGUUGCAGUAGGAGUAAUAUUUGACAAUAUCAAUGUUGGCAUGAAGUCCGGAAAUAAAACAAGAAAUGGAAACAUUGUUCUGAUUGAAAGAGUUCAAGAGGAGAUACUAGAACAGAAAACAAAGAAUGUUGUUCGACAUCAGUUUCCAUUACGAUUGUCUUGGGCUUGCACAGCUCACAAAGUACAAGGCAUGACAGUUGACAAGGUUGUAGUUAAUUUAGAUCGGACAUUUUCUCCUGGACAAGGAUACGUUGCGUUGAGCAGAGUUACAUCAAAACAAGGAUUAUUUAUUGAAACAAAUGACAUUGAGUCGUUCAAGAAAAAGAUAUACGCUGACCCAGAAGUCAAAUCAGCUUUGCAGGGAAUGCCAAAAUUGAUACUACCAAACUUUGAUGCAUCAGAACAAGGUAUUACAAUCUAUCUACAUAACAUUCAGAGUCUCAAUAAACAUUUUGAAGAUCUGAGAAAGGACAUUCGCUGUAGGAAUGCAAACAUUAUUUGCUUGACAGAGACUUGGUUAAGAUCUGGACAAAACGUUAGUUCAUUGAAAAUAAAAGAUUUCCAUUUUCACCAAGCAACAAGAGGAGAUGUAUAUGAUGAGACCAAUGCUCAAAUGUCAAAGUUGCGUGCAUCAAAGGGUGGAGGUGUUGCACUUUACAUCAAAGAAACUGAACAUGAAAAAAUUGUUUCUUCACUUCCUGUAAAGAAUGUUGAGGGCAUCUGUGUGAAGUGUGUUUCACAAGAUAUAAUUGUUUUAACUGUCUAUCGGCCAAAUUCUUUAGAUGUUUCCCAGUUCUUAUUACAAUUCGAAAAGGUUAUGUCUUAUUACAAAUCACAAAGUAAGUUCUGUGUUUGUCUUGGAGACUUCAAUGAAGAUGCCAGAUCUGCAGGAUCUAUUCAAACUUUUAUGACCAAUCAGGGCUUUAAACAACUGGUUAAUUUUAAUACAACAGAAGGAGCGACAAUCCUUGAUCAUGUGUAUUUAUCAACAUCCUUACAAGCAGAAGUGAAAAAAAUAUCAACUUACUACAGUUACCACGAUGCCUUGAUGGUAACCAUCAUAUCAGACACAGAAAAAUAUUAA